CACCACACCAUAGCCUCCGACCGGCCGAACUCAGUGCCCAGAGACAUAAAAACCAUGUGUAGUAUUAUAGUGGCCCUAUGUCUUUCCUUUCUUCUCACACCAUCCUCAGUUGCAUUGGCUGCAUCACCUCCGACGCUGCCAUCCAGACUUUCCAGCCAUGCCGAUGAAUGUACUGCCCUCCUCCAGUUCAAAAAUUCACUCAAAAUCAAUAAAGAAAUUGUGACUAGAGCGCUGUGUGCAGAAAGUGGCUUCAAUUACACUUCGUCUCUGAAGACAGCCUCUUGGAAGCAAGGGACUGAUUGCUGUACAUGGGAGGGGAUCACAUGCGAUAAUAUUACUGGUAACAUAAUCCAAGUGGACCUUACUUGCAGUUAUCUUGAAGGCACCCUCCAUUCCAACAGCUCCCUCUUUUCGCUCCAUCAUGUUCAGGAACUCUAUCUCAGAGGUAAUCAUCUCACUAGAACUAUCCCAUCUUCGAUAUGCCGAAAGCGUUCUCUCAGAGUCCUGAACUUGUUGGAUAAUUACCUGAGUGGCACCAUACUCCCAUGCUUGGGUAAUCUGAGCAAUCUCGUCUCUUUGGAUUUGGGUUGGAAUCAACUGGAGGGUUCACUGCCGAGGAAUCUAGCGAACUGUACAAAUUUAAAUGAUCUUUCUGUCUAUGGUAAUGAUAUAAAUGACACUUUCCCUUUCUGGCUAAAAUCACUACCACUUUUUCAGUUGCAAUUGGCUACAAACAACUUCCACGGGCUCAUUACAUCGGGUCAUGCUGCAUUUCCCUUCCCUUAUCUUGAUACCCUCUCGAUCGGUCUGAACUACUUUCACGGCCAGUUGCCACCAGAAUACUUUCGACUUUCGAACUUAAUUCUUAUUGACCUAUCAGGAAACAUGUUUGAUGGUUUUCUCCCCAUUCCACCGGUCACUGCUGAAGUAUAUGCUGCUGGUGACAACAAAUUUACGGGAGAAAUCCCUCCCUCCUUCUGUAAUAUUACUACUCUAUCUCUCAUUGACCAGUCAAUUAAUAGCUUGACUGGCAAGAUUCCUCAGUGUCUUAUCAACGUCAAUACCAACCUAGCAAUAUUAGCCCUAGCAGGGAAUAGACUACAAGGCCCCUUACCAGAAAUAUUAGCUCCAAAAAAUUGCAGCCUGAAUACUGUUGAUUUGAGCCGGAAUCAUUUACAAGGCAAGCUGCCACGAUCAUGGGCGAGUUGCAAACCGUUGGAAGUUUUAGAUCUCUGUGACAACGAAUUGGAGGACUCAUUUCCGAGCUGGCUUGAAACACUCCCAAACUUGUACAUUCUCACCUUAAGGGCCAAUAAGUUCCACGGUCCAAUAACUAGUCCCAAAUUCAUUCAUCCGUUUCCAGUGCUGCACAUUCUUGACAUCUCCAACAACAAUUUCAUUGGAACUUUUCCGAGCCAAUACAUUGCCAAUUUCAACUACAUGAUGGGUGGAGACAAAGGACAAGGGCUUCUAAAGUAUGCUACCGAGGCGUGGUUCGAAUCCCAGUCUACAACUGUGAUAUACAAAGGGGUGGAGAUGCGGUUGUCAUAUAUACGUGAAGCAUUAGUUCUCAUUGACCUAUCACAUAACCAUUUUCACGGGGAGAUACCCAAAGUAAUUGGGAAUUUACAAUCACUUACUGGGCUCAACUUAUCGCAUAACAACUUUCGAGGUUUGAUCCCAACUUCUCUUGGAAAUUUGAAGCAUCUCGAGUGGCUUGACCUCUCCUCGAACAAUUUCACGGGACAGAUCCCUGCAACCUUGACAAACCUGACAUUUCUGGCCAUCUUCAAUGUCUCCACCAACCAGCUCACAGGACAGAUUCCUCAAGGGAAACAAUUCGGCACUUUCAGUAGUGAUUCUUUUGAAGGGAAUCCCAAUCUGUGCGGACCUCCCCUGCCAAAACCUUGUACUGAAAGUCAUCAACAAGAGGUGCCAUCGGCCUCCCAGGAUGAAGAUGAUGCAGAGCGCUGGAUUGAAUGGAGAGCAGUGCUGAUGGGAUACGGUUGUGGAACUGUAAUCGGUCUUUCUAUUGGAUAUAUUUUUAUUCAAAUUAGAAGGCCACCUGCGUGGCUCAUCAAAAUGGUCGUGAAAAAGCAAACCAGAACAGAAAACAAGCCACGGAAGAGAUCUCUGGGGACUCAUGGAAGGAACCAUCGAGCCCUGUGAAUUUGACGAGGCAACGGAUGGUUGAUGUGAGUGGACUCUGCAUCAAGUGCGAGGAACAGAACAACACAGCGGUCCGACUUUUUAUGUUCAAGCCAGAAGGUCAUGCAUGCUAGUUAUUUACACAGUAAUUAUUUGGAUAUAUGAUAUAUGUGUGCACUGUGUUUCAGUAGUUUGAGUAAAUUCUGUCCAGUGUUUACCGGGUGUGUAAUUUGUUUUUGUAGUUGUAAGUACUUGUGCAAUAUCAGUGUUAAUGUAAUUUCAAUCACUCGUCAAGUGGACUGCUAUUAUGACAGAUGAAAUAACUUUCCAACA